AUUCCAACGAUCUGCACUGCACACAUAUACAAUGUCCUACAAAAUGCCCACAUGACAGUUACCUCAAGUCCGCACUCGACGACGAAGAGGACGAAGACUAUGAAGAUGAAUUUCUGGGUCAUGAUCCCUACAUAGAGGAACUGGGAUAUGCCACAGCACAUUCUCAAAGAAAGACAAAGAGAGAAGUAUUCUUUCAAGAAGAAAUCGAAAGAUGUUGUGAUGAUCAGAAGUGUGUUUGCAACAAAUGUGAUGAUGUUCCUAAAUGUGCCGCCGGGUAUGUAGCCAUCGAAGUGCAUGAGGGCCAGGGAUUGCCGGGAAAUUGUUGUUCGAUCUAUAAGUGUGUCGAAAAGGAGGAGUGUAAGAUGGGCGUAAAACAAUCCUGGUGGACUAAUAAAUGCCGCAAAUGUUCUUGUUUUGGCGAGUCAGAAAUGUGUUUACAGAUAUGUCCCGAAGAGGAAAUUUUGCAAAAUUGCUAUUCAGAAUACCUGCAAAAACCCAUGAUGAAUGGUGCCUUUUGGAAAGAGGGCAGCUGUACUAGUUGUACUUGUGAAAAAGGGGAAAGAAGAUGUUUUGCUCCAGGUUGUCCCGAAUUGGAUUGUAAACAUACCGAAACGUUUGAGGAUGAAUGUUGUCCCAAAUGUUUGGACGAUAAUGAUCUAGAUGAGAGGCCAGAAAUUGUACACAAUAAUGAGGAAGAUAUAGAGGAAGUGGUAGAAGAUUAUACUACAGAAUCCAGUACUAUUGAGACACCCUUAAUAAGAGUAAGUGAAGAAACUAAUUCAACAAUCUCUAUAGAAAAUGCCAACUUGCCAGUUAUAGAUGAGGGGCUAAUAAAUGAAGCCCAAACAAUAUCUCCCUGGCCCAGAGAAUUGUCAACUAAACCUUUUGAAGUUGAAGAGAUUUCUUCAUCUACUUACAAACCAGAAACAGGAGAUCUUUUUGCUGGAAAUACGUCUCAUUCUGAGAAUGCAACUUUAGAAUCUUUAUUGGAAACCAUGUCAAACUCUACUGUGUCUACUAUUUGGGAAAUUUCUUCUUCUUCUACCGGGUCCUCAGAGGAGUCUUUACCCUCUACAGUGACCUCAACAGAAGUGCCUAAAAUGAUAGCAGAACUGGUACUAGAUUCCGUGAUGUCUAACAAUAACACUAUCACCGAAGAAUCUAAGCCUAUAGAGGAUUUCGAGGAGAUUUCUUCUACAACUAUCAGUUCCACUACAGCUUUUUCAUUUGAUAUUUCAAAAUCUGUACAAAUUGAGGAACUUGAACAAGAUUCCUCGUCAACUAUUACUACCACAGAAGAACCUCAAACAUCCUCUAUAUCCACAGUAACCAAGACCUCAACUGAAGUCCCAGUGGAGUUAGUCAAAGAAGAGACUACAACCACCGAAAGUUUGCUGACAACUACAACUGAAGAAAUUUCCAGUACUACCUCAAGGAGUGGGGAGUCCUCCAGUAUUAUGGAAGACAUAUUUUCUUCAACAGCUUCUACUACAAUUUCCCCCAUUGAUUUUGAAACCACAAAAGCCUCUGAAACCUCCAUAGAAGUUAACAGUGUCUUCACCACUACUCAGACUCCCGAAACUACAAUGGCCUCUUCUCUAUCAUACUCAACUUCAGCCGCCUUUGAAUCCUCGACGACCGAAGAAACUUCCAAUACAAUUAAAACGAUCUCAUCCCCCACAAUACCUAAGAUAAACAGCGACGAAUCCAGCACUUAUACACCCCUAGAAACUACUACAACUGAAACCUCAAAUCAAACACCUACUACAAGCACCUGGACCUCAACUCAAACACCCUUAAGAACUUCCUCGACUUCAAGCCAAUCUUCUACCACAAUCUCCUCAACCUCAACAACGUCUUCACCAUUUUCCUAUAGCAGCGACUUCACCACCUCUACAGAAGUCUCUAUCUCAGCCGAAUCUUCCUCAACCUCCACCACAACAGCCCCCGAACCUCUUAAGCCUCUAUACCAACCUUAUGGGGACUUCAGCACCGAAGAACGUGCACCCAGCACCCAAAAUCGCAUGCGCAUUAUCUUCGAUGAAAUCGAUUAUGUGGUCAUGAUUGUACUCUUUAUUGGAUCCAUGUUAUGCAUUGCCUUGGGUUUGAUUAUACGCCACACCAAAAAUCGCAAGAAGAUGUACUCGAGCAUACCGAAUUCCGAGACCAGUUUAAGUCAAACUUCUACUGUUAUCGAUGUGAUACCGGUGUAGAUGUGAUAUUAAAGAUAGAAAGAGAGAGAGAGAGAAAGAAGAGUAGAUGGAGAAAAGAGAGUAUAUCCGAAAGGUGAUGUCUAAUUGCAAGAGCUAAAGAAGAAAGAUAUAAGGAAAGAGAUUUUAGGUGAAAGUGUUUGAAAAGAGGCUUUAGAAAGCAAAUAAAGAAAUAAACUUAUGGCAACAUGUUGCAAAGCAUGUUUAGAAACUGUUAAAGCUAACUUUAUAAACAUGUUGCUGAACAAUUGAAUAUGUUUUAAUAAAAUGUUUCAACUUUCGUCAAACUUGUGGCAGCAUGUUGCUAAGCAAGUUGCAACUUUAAUAUAAACUGUUGUACUUUACUUUAGAAAACUGUUAUACUUUAUUGGAAACUGUUAUACGUUACUUUAGAAAACUGUUAUACUUAUGUUUCAAAUCUGUUAUAAACUUUCGAAACUCACUUUUUCAAACACUUUCGUCAAAGAACAUUAGUAGAACAAAAAAUUAUUUUUAACAUUUUUAUUAUAGUUAAUAGUUUUUUUUAUUUUUUUAUUAUUUUUAAUUUAUUUAUUUUCAAAAUUACUUUUUUGUAUUAUUUUAUAAAAGAUUAGUAUCUUUUUUAUUAUUUUUACUACAUAAACAUAAUCUAUUUAAACUUUUUUUUAUUUAUUUAUUCCUCCUUUAUUUAAAUAAUUUUUUUAUUAUUGUAUUUUUAUGUUACUUUUUUAAAACAAACCAAAUUAUAUUACGAAAUUUUAUAUUAAUUUUUUUGUAGGCGUAUUAUUUGCUUAUUUAAUUACGAGUAUUUGUUUACUGUAUUGCACAUUAAAAACAAUUAAUUAUUUAAUAUUGAUAAAUUGUUGAACAGAAAAAAACAAACAAAUAAGGUUUGGAAAAAAACAAAGCAAAAAAAGUAUUAAUCAAAAGUAAAUACAAAAUUUUAUUGCCAAUCCAAAAUACUUAAAUUUGCAAAUCAGGGCAAGUAAUUUAGUUAAAAGAAAAAAUGUUUAAUUGCUACAAACAAUUAUUGUAACAGUGCAACCAAAUUUUACAUUUGUUAACAAAUUUGUUUUCAAACAACGAUUUACUUUUCUCAUGAGCAAGUAUGACUAAAGACUAGACUAUAAAUUAGAUUAUGGACUAGACUAUAUAGAGACUAAAAAACUAAACUAUAUACUAGACUAUAGGCUAUUCUAUAGCUAGAAAACAAAUAUGCCUAUAGACUAGAC